UUUAGUAAAUUCUCGAUCUAAAGGCCUAGUCUAAUUCUAGAUAUUGACUUCUACAAACGAUAAUUAAAAUAUGCAACGUAUAUAUUAACUUUUUGACCAUAUUAAUAACUCUUGAUAAAAAUAGAUAUCGAGUAUGGAAAAAAAAUCCCGAUUAUGAAUUUCAAAACGAAAGUAGACCCACUCAUGUCAAAUCAUUUUAUAACAGGUCACUCUUACUUUGUGUGUAGGCCUAUGCCAAUGACAUGCCCAUGCCUAUAGUAUACUAAUGGCUAGUAAUGCUAAUGGCUAUGGCUUUUAAUUUCUAUUCACCAAGAUUCUAGAUCUAGUCUAGAUCUAUAGACUAGGACAGUAGACUGAGUGUGACUGUAUGUUUCUUUCCAAAUUCUCUGGAAGAUUGGACAUCACACAGUAAAAUGACUCUUAUAGAGUAUCUCUCAAGUCUGGGAGACAAUCCCUACUUUGGCGCUGGUGCAGGCCUCUUUGGAAUGGGUGUGUUAGCGGCAGUUGGACGAAAAGGGCUUCAGGGAGCCACCAUUGUAUUUCGACGUAAUCUUAUGAUCACGAUGGAAGUAACAAGCAGGGAUAAAAGUUACCAGUGGCUGCUUCAGUGGAUAACUAAAUAUGGAACCCGAUCACAACAUUUAAGUGUGGAAACAGAAUUUCAAGAAUCUGCUGCUGGCCAAGUUAAAACCAGGUUCCACUUUGUUCCCAGCCCAGGUAGCCAUUACUUUUGGUACAACAAGAACUUGGUCAUUGUUGAAAGAAAUAGGGAUAAUAAAGUGAUGGAAGUCUUUGAGACAGUCACUCUCACAGCAUUUGGUAGAAACAGAGAGUUAUUCAUGAACAUUUUAACAGAGGCUAGAAAUUUAGCACUACUCAGCAAUGAAGGACAGACCAUGAUGUACAGUGCUGUAGGGCCAGAAUGGAGACCAUUAGGAUAUCCCAGAAGGAAGAGGCCUUUGAACUCUGUGAUUUUGGACAGAGGAGUUUCUGAGAGAAUAUUUGAUGAUAUUCAGGGUUUUAUAAACAAUUCCAAAUGGUACAUUGAAAGAGGCAUCCCAUAUCGCAGAGGAUAUCUUUUAUAUGGUCCACCAGGAUGUGGAAAAAGUAGCUACAUCAUGGCUUUAGCAGGUGCCAUAGAUUACAGCAUUUGUGUGUUAAAUUUAAGUGAUAAAGGUAUGUCAGAUGACAGACUAACACAUCUCUUGACAAAUGCCCCUGAACAAAGUAUAAUCUUACUUGAGGAUAUUGAUGCAGCCUUUGUCAGCCGAGAUGUGACCAAAGAAAAUUCUAUUGCUUAUCAGGGAAUGGGUAGACUUACUUUGUCAGGCCUUUUGAAUGCUCUUGAUGGUGUAGCAUCUGCAGAAGCAAGGAUUUUAUUUAUGACGACAAAUUACAUUGAAAGGCUUGACAAAGCUUUAAUUAGACCUGGCCGUGUUGAUUUGAAAGAAUAUGUGGGGCAUGCCACUGACUACCAACUACAGCAGAUGUUUAGAAGAUUUUAUCCAGAUGAGCCAGAGUCUAGGGCUCAAGAGUUCUCUCAGAUGGUGAUGUCCCUUGAACAGCCUGUAUCUGCAGCCCAAGUGCAAGGUUUCUUUAUGAUGUACAAAAAAGAACCAGAUUGUGUUGUGAAGAAUAUUAAAGAAAUUGUUAAUUUAUGAUAUUCAAACAAAUUAGCACCCAUUUUAAUGUAUUGAAACCUGCAUUACCCAAGAAUGGCAUGCUGCUCUAAUGUGAUGUACAUCUUAUUACAUUUGAAUUAGGUAACAAUGCUUUCAUUUAUCUAAAUAUCUAGAGCAUACUUGUAGUAAAGGCUAAGUUAUGCACAGUUAAGAAUCAAAACAUUCUACUGAAGCAGUAAAUUAAAGCAUUUUAAACUUGAAAUGGAGAGAAACCAUCCUCAGUAAGCUGCAACCAAGUGGUUAUCUCUUGAAGUGUGCUAAUGCUUUUAAAAUUUAUCAGUAUUUGAAGUCUUCAAAAUAUCUAAAACUGCUAUUGCAGCUGUCACUAUGUUAAAGCCACAAAAUUGUGACUGCUUAGUGCUUAGUUAAUAUUAUUAUACAUGUGAAUGUAUUGAUUUCAGAGUAUCUUUUGUUACAAUGAGGCACCAACUUGCAUUCCUAGUGAAUUAUUAAUUAAUUGAAAUUUAUUAUUUAUUUUCUUGUUAAUUUAAUGGUAUAAUAAAAACUAUUAAGACUGAAAAUAACACAUAAGUGUAUAUUCAAAAUGCUUAUUAAAUGUUUUUGUAAAAGUAUAUUGAUUUAAACAUUUUUAAAUUGUAAAAGUACUAUUUUUGUUAACUUGUGUUUAUUUUAUUUUGCCUAUUAGAUUCUACUAAGAGCUAUUUAUUAUAUUUGGUACUUAAUAGCCUCUAUAAAUAUUAACUGUUGAGUGCUAAAGAAAUUUCAAUUGAGGCAUAUAAACCACAAUCUGUUAGAAUUUUUCAUGACAUUUAGGAGACCUCUAUAUAAUAUUUAAAUUUUAUGCAAUUUUACUGGUUAUCCAUUGAAGCUUAUGAGUUUAUAAUAUUAAAAAAUGUAAUUUGACAACAAAUGUCCAAAUAAAUCAAUUGGUUUAGUUCAGAAUUAAAAUAUAUUGUUAUGAUCUUCUCUAUCAGGCCUUCUGCAAACACUGCUACACAGCACAUGUAACACAAGAACUUGACAACAAGAGUUUCAAUAAACAAUGUGGCGGUUUAUUUACAAUUACAUCAACAACAGCCAAUAAACACAAUUGGCUACACUAACUUCAAAUGCUUUGCUACACUACAGAACUACCGAACUAAUCACUACAAGUCUCUCUAGCUUGUACAGCUACAUUUUUGAGGACUCACUUUGUAGCACACAGUCCUUACUGCUUGCUGUCCUGGACUCUCCUUUUUAACACACUGUCUCUCGACCAUGAAGGCUUUCGGUCACAUGACCAUAAUACUGGUCAUAUUUGCGUGUACUAGCAGUAAUGUCUCUUGUUCAACAGCCGUUGACCUGUGUGAUUGGCCUGAGUUUUGUGUAUCAGUAGGCCGCACAUACAUUAACCCUUUCAGUCUGCCACUGGAGUUACAACAAUAUAAUAGUUUUUAUAAAAAAUUUGCAACUAACAUUAAUUCUGUCUGCUUUCCUCUCUGCUUUCUUUGAUGUCCAUUCAUCAUCAUCAUCAUCACUCCUUUGAGUUCCUCAUGGAACAUAGGGCCUCGACAAAAACACGCCACUCUCCACUGUCUCUUGCUAGCUUUUUGAUGGUGUCCCAGCUCUUCCCGGUCUUCUCUGCUUCUUCAAGUACACUGUGUCGCCAUGUUCAUUUUGGUCUUCCUCUGCGUCUUGUUCCCUGGGGGUUCCACUCUAAGGCCUGCCUAGCUCUGUUGCUGGUAUCUUUUCUAAGGGUGUGACCAAUCCAUCUCCACUUCCUCUCUAAGAUCUGCACUUCUAUAUUUUUCUGUCCACUCAUCUCCCACAGUUUGGUGUUUUCUACUUUGUCAUACCAGUGUCUGAUGUCCAUUCAUGUCAUCAAAUUCAUUAGAGCAUUUAUGCUGUUUUGUACCAUUUAAGAAAAGGAAAUCUACGUAAAUGAUGCAAAUUUGUUAUUAAACACAAUCACAACUGAAUACUGGUAACAUAAAUUCAAUAGCUGAGGGCCCAUUGGAUUCAAGCAAAGGCAUGCAUCAACUUGUGGAGAGAAGAGAUAUUAAUGUCCCACAAAUAUCAUAGCUGAAUCUGUGCUUCAUUUGCUUUUCUUACAUGACGCAAGUAACUGGGGAAACUGGUAUAAAAAUAUAUUGCCUUACAUUUGACCACAAUUACAAUAAGUAGCUGAGAUUUCCAAAAACCGAAAAAAUAGCUGCUAAGACAAUAUUUUUAUGGUUAUUUCUGGAAACAUAAACAUUUAUUUAGUUAAAAAAAUAGUAUGAGAAUUAGGGUGAAUCAGUAGUCCCAGUACUUUCAAUAAAUACAUAUUUAUUAAUUAAA